CAAAUAUAGCGUUGGGUAUUUUAAAUUCUAUCCAGAUCAUAUUCUUAUAUGGGAUACUCGCAAUGUUCCGACUCACAUGGAUUUUGAUUUUCGUUGUUGCUGGUAUUAAUGCUGAGGAAGUUGAAAUCAGUGAUGGCGAUGUUGAUAUCAGCAAGUAUCCGUACGUUGUGUUGAUUAAAAGAAACGGCAAACCCAUAUGUUCCGGUGCGAUACUUGAUGAGCUACACGUUGUCACGUCAGAUCGAUGCGUGCCGCCAUUUGAACAUAUUUGGAAUGUCAUGAACAAUAUAGUCGUGGUUUGCGGUACGAGCAGCCUCAAACCCAGUGGCAAAAGUAUCUUUGUAAAAGAAAUGUUCUCGCAAAAUCAUUACGUUAAUAAUCCUCUUGAUAAUCCCGUCACGAGCGGUCUUGGUGUAAUUAAGCUCAAUCAGCCGAUUCAAUUUGGAGAUACUGUGCAACCGAUUAAGUUAUCUGACACAGAAGUACCGCCCGACGCGAAACUAGAAAUGGUUGGGUGGAUGAUGGCUGAUCAUCAAGGAAAGAAGACGGCGCAUCUCAAGAAAGUCACGUUAAAUACAAUAAAUUCUCAAAAAUGUCAACCAUUUCACAAGAAGAAGCUCGAUGUAUCUGAAUUCUGUACUGUGCCGGAACCCGAAGGCAUAUUUUGUAAGGGUUUCAGCGGUAGUCCUUUAAUUUACGAAGGCAAAUUCGUUGGUGUGGCUACUUACGGUAUUUCAUGUGAAAAUCCUCCACGUCCGGAUGUUCAUAUCAGUCUAGACGAAGAAAAUCGCGAAUAUCUGCAGGAAAUUACAAGAGAAUAAAGGAUUUCAUCAUUUUUA